CCGGUACACGCGCACGGAUUAACCGAGAGAGAGAGAGAGAGAGAGAGAGCUGAUAACUGACUCAUCAGGUCCCUCCGCGUUUGCUUCAUACUACACUAUACUGACAGCGUAAACUUUUUUUUUUUUUUCUAACAGUAUUAAAUCACACAUUUCUAAUUUCCCUCCCAGAGUUGCGGACAUUACUGCACGGAUUUUUUUUAUCCGUUUUUAAUUCAUUCCUUCAGCUGAAAAGUCUCCCCGCAAAGAAAGAGAGUUAAGAGAAGAACCGCGCGCUCCGAGAGGAUGCUCACGCUGACGCGGAGCUCGUGCUGCUGCUGCUGCUGGCUGCUCGCGCUGCUGCUGAGCCACGCGGGAGUCAGAGCGGCCAACCACAACAAGAACCACAACUCCAUCAAAACGGCGCCGCUCGGAGAGGCGCCCACUGCCGCCACUGCCGCCGCCGCCGCCGCCGCCACGCACCCGGGCAGCGCGGCUCACGCGCCGGCGAAGAAAGCCAACGUUCCCGUGCAGGUGUACAGCGGUGAGAAGCAGUGCAGCAGCGAUAAGGACUGUGCGGUCAGUAGUUACUGUCACAGCUCGCAGCACUCUCCGUCACGAUGCGUCACCUGCCGCCGGAGGAAGAAGCGAUGCCACAGAGAUGCCAUGUGCUGCCCCGGGAACCGCUGCAGCAACUUUAUCUGCGUCCCAUUCCCUGAGAACCUCAUGACCCAUCACAUCUCACCUUUAAAGGAGCACAAAAAGCUAAGCAAAGACAAGGGCUGGAAGAAGAGCGGGAAAGUCCAGACCAAGGUUUCCCUCAAAGGUCAUGAGGGCGACCCUUGCCUGCGUUCCUCAGACUGUUCAGAGGGUUACUGCUGUGCCCGCCACUUCUGGACCAAGAUCUGCAAGCCCGUGCUGCGCCAAGGUGAAGUGUGCACCAAACAACGCAAGAAAGGCUCGCACAGCUUGGAGAUCUUUCAGCGCUGCGACUGUGCCAAAGGUCUGGCGUGCAAAGUGUGGAAGGAUGCCACGUCCUACUCCAGGUCCAGACUGCACAUGUGCCAGCGGACCUGAGAGAAGCGAGGGAGCGGAGGCGAAUGAGGGAACUGCACCGGAAGGCCCUUCGUUCCCUCCAAGGAGCAAGGUGGAGAGGACUCCCUCUUCCCAGGACUCAGAUAUAUGUGAAGGGGAAUCAUGGAUAAGCGAGAGGAGAUUACAGUGAGACAGAGAUUAAUCUGGGCCAGUGUGUAUGUAUAUGUGUGUGUGCGUAUGAGUGUGUGUGUGUGUGUGUUUGCACGCACAUGUGCUUGUGAGUUAGUAAUGGAUGAUUGAUGUUCUCUAUCGAUGAUUGAGGUUCAUGAUCAGAUACAGCUUUGGGUCGUUUUUACCAAGCUUCUUUUCAUGAUUUUUUUUUUUUUGCUGCACAUGUUUUGAAGAGAUUUAUUUGAAAGCCAUAGCCUUAACAACAGGUAAUGAGGUAAUUAAAUAAUUUCACUGUCUAUAGGAAUUUAGGCUUGACAGCGAUUUGAAACAGGACUGAGUUAUCCAUGAGAAGCACACAGAUUUCCUACACAUUCUGCCAGGCUUCAGGAUAAUCUAUCAGAAAAAACCACUAUAUUCCAUGGAUUCCACAAAAACAUAAUCUCUUACUGUUCUGUAACACACUCAAGUAUAUAACCACAUGUUGAUGUCUGUUAGGUCUACUGCAUCUCAUUUCAAGCUUAUUACUUUUUUAUAAGCACUCAUUUUGUAUAUUGUCAAAAAAAAAAAAAAAAAAAAAAUAGCACACUGUCACUUAGUCUCAACAUUGUUUGAAUUUGCAGAAGGGUUCCAUGCCCCAGUGCUGCUUUACUGAUUUAGGGCUGUAUUCAUUGUUGGUCACUUAAGUCCACAAAUGACAUCAAUAUUUAAGCGGGGAGAUAUUUGUAAGCUUAUAAAAUAGCACUUGAUCUAGCACAUCCUAUCAUUUUACUUUUUAUUUAUUUAUAUCAUGCUUAAUGACAACUUAAUGUAGCCAGGAUGUCAUGAAAUCAUCAUGUGUACACAGGAUAUUGGUUAUUUUAUCAUGCAAUUUUGAUUUGUUUAAUAAAAUUAAUAAAAUAAUGCUAAUGCUUUUGUUAAUUCGAUGUGCUCUCCUGUAAAGAAAACAUGUCCACAGUUUUAAGGAUAAGCUGGCCGUGCAUUCAUCUGCUACACUUCCAGCUCACUUUAAGUUAAUUCAUAACUUUAUACUAAAAAAAAAAAAACUGAAAUAAAAAAUGUCUCUGAUUUAAGACUUUUUCAUUGACUUUAAAGGGAUGAUACUCUUAAUUGAUUAAUAGCGUCAAUUUUAUGUAUCUAAUAUUGUUUUUUAAAAUUUUUUUAAAAAAUUUUUAGUGUAUUCACAGCCCAAAACAUACAUUUCAGCAUGACAUAUUGUGGUUACAUUAAACUGUCAGACAAUCUGGACAUAAUACUCAGUCGAGCUGAUAUCAGGCAAGAAAAUUGUGUUCAGAACUGUGUGUAACUGAGACACGCCUUUGUUUUUCUCAUGCAACUUCUGAAUGGUGCUUAAGUUACAUCUGAGUUCUGAAUGCACAAAUUCUGUAUUAAAUCCUCACUGCACGCGCUUAACUCAACUCUGAAUACAGCCAUUAGUGAACAGUGGCAUAGGUUACAGUUUACAUGUUCUCAAAGGCCAUGAAUAUGGUUUCAACUAUAGAGCAAAUUGAGGAUAAGGUAAACUGCAGGGUACAAAGCAUAGUUCUCUGAAACUGUUUUUUUCCUCCCCUUUUUUUCAUAGAACACCAUUAAUAACUAAAAUAUGCAUUGAGAAUCCAGGAAUUAGGCACUGCUGUUUGUUUUACAGAUGUUGCCUAUUUGUUCGAGGCAGGAUCAUAUGAUCUUAGUCUGUUUUCAUUUGGCAACAUCCGUUGCCAUCAAGAAAGCACGAACACAUGAAAUAUUAUCGACUCAUGACAACAUCUUCCAAAUAUGGAUCCAGAAUCUACCGGUGAAUACCGGAUCGGGUUCGGAUUACAGAUCUAGUCUUAAAAUGCCGGAUAUACUGUAUGGGUCGAUGAGAAAAUAUUACAAGAGUAUCACAGAGUGAUCAAGUAAGAGAAAAAUAAAUGCCUUUUUUUAUUAAAGAUGUGUAACUUCUUUAUCCAUACUUUCUACAGGUUCACUUUAGGUACGAAACAUUAGAAUUCUAAAAACUUGUUUACAGCUUGAGACUUUUGUGUAUAGGUCAUUUAAAAGAAUCUGUAUAUUCACAACAAUGCCUUAUGAUUGUGAAUUUUAGAUUAAAUAGCUGUAGCCAAUAAUAUUCAAUAUAAUUACAAAUUGUCUAUUUUGUGAAUUUUUUAAAAUUGUAUUUUCCUAUCAGUUAAUAAAGAAGUAAUAAGCUCUUAUUGUAAAUAACAAGGAAACUGAAAUGAAAUGUAUUUAAAAGCAAUUGUAUAUCAUGUACAUAUGAUGAUGGGAAGUAUGGCGGCUAUGUGUAUGGUACGGAGCCGUGAUUAAAAGCAGCCGUUGUGGAAUCUAAAGCAUGUAAAGCUCCUUUUAUAGGAGAGUUUGCGUACAUUUAGGUGCAGAAAGACUGUUUUACAUCUUCAGUUUUGUCUACACAGUUGCAUUUAAGAUAUAUUAAGAUCUCCAUAGAGAAUUAUUACUAUUAAAUUAUUUUUAGAACACCUUUAAAUGUUUUGUUCAAAUUGCCUUUAAUGAGUCCAUAUUGUGCAUUUGUUUUCUUCAGUUGUUCCUGAAAAAAAUAAUACAUUGAAACUUGGUGCCCUAUAUCCCCCUCCCCCAGUGUAUAUUUACAAUGUUUAAAUGAUUAAAGAAUGUAUUUUGUAUUACAAGCCUGGC